AUGUCCCAUGUUCCACUUGUUUCAUCAUACUAUAAUAUUCCGGUCGAUGGAUAUUACGUGAGUCGAAGACGUCGUCCGCCGUCUAACUGUUACCGUCUGCUAUGCUGUUGUCUACGAGAUAAACGGAUUAAUUCUAUGCCCUAUAAUCCGUCUCAACAACAACAGCAGCAAUCUAUCGAUCAACAACCAGGAUGUUCAUUACCAGAGGAAGUUGUCCGAAAAAUUCAUCAGGUAGAUCAACAAAGUUCCACACUUACUACAUCCGGUAUUACUGGCUUUUCGGCCCGUAUCCUUGACAAGUCAGAAUAUCGAAUGGAAAAACGAGGGGCUACUGGUACUGGUGAUAUCAUUGUUGUCCAGUUGGUAGAAAUUAUUAAGAAACCAGGGCAAAGUCUUGGCUUAUAUCUUCGGGAGGGUAACGGUACUGACAGGUCAUCAGGUGUGUUUGCAUCUCGCUUCGGAGAGAAUUCAGAGUUGGAAAAAUACGGCGAUAUUAUUCGGCCCGGUGAUGAAAUAUUAUCGGUUAAUAACGUAGACGUAUCCGCCAUGAGUAUCGAUGAUGUAGUAUUGGUACUUUCGAUUCCACGUCGUCUUCUACUUAGGAUACGCUUUAUUAAAAACAAAAGGGAGAGGUUGACACAGUCACAAUCAAUGGUAGCACGACCUGUGGUCGUUUUUCAGAGGAGUGAUCAGGAGCAACACGACGACACACCUUCGUCUACCUUGCUGAAUCAUCCAACCUCAACUGCCAACACAUGGCUUGGAAAGAAAGCUCGUCAACAACAGGAAAUGGUUAAACGAUGCUCACAGCCAUCCUCCGCAUCAUCAUCUUCAGCAACAGCAACUGGUGUAUCUUCUAUGGUGACAAUGAGUCCACGACAACAUUUCAUCAGUCAUCCGUCUCGUCUUUUGAACAGUCAAGCGGAAAAACUGGAAGAGACCGUUUCACGAACCGGUCGAGUGCCACCUCCCAAAUUAUUGCCUUCUUCAGUACGUCGUGCUGACAGCUUCACUACCACUGCUCAAUUACCCACCCAGAUGCUACCUUCGUAUACUUAUUCAGUGCCUCGAUCGUUGACCCAACGACCCGUGCCUCCUUUGUCACCUUUCCCUGGGCCAUCAACUGUACCUGACUACCUCCCGGCAUCAUCUAGCUACGGUGCUUUCCCGGGAAGUCUUGGUUUUUCACAAUUCCACGUGCCACCCGGUGCAUCUCGUCCACUGCCUAUCAACCAACGUUCGCUCAGUGAUGUAGCUGGCUAUGCUAUGCAUCAUUCUCUUUGUUCUCCCUCAGGAGUUACGGAUCCGAGGUAUAUGUUUCGUGGUCAGUCAGCUUGGCAUCCAGUUGACCCAUCAAGUAGAAGUAACUCAUUACCUCGUCGACGUGCUGCCUCAGGUACCGCACCGCGGACGGUGAAGUGGCGGAACGAUGUCAUUGAUGGCGCAAAUGCUCGAGUGCGACUUGGUAGUAGCAAUGUUAGUGGACAAUAUGGUCGAACUAUUGAUGAUAUAUUUUCGGCGCAAGAAUACCGCAAUUGGGCAUCUAUCGAUACGGGGAUUAGACCGCAGGAGAGGCAAUCAAGGUGGUCACAUACCUAUGGUGAAAAACCUGGUGCUUCAAUUCGGAGCUCUUCUCUUCCUUCCAGGGCCAUGUUAACUGCUGCAAAUAGAUUCUCGCUUGGCCAUGAACGAGGUGACUUGCUAGAUAGGUUGCAUGUGUCACCACUGAUGAAUAGAAGAGUACCACUAAGAGUAGCUGGACCAGGUUUCGAUGUUGACACUCCGUUAGACGUUACUUCACUUACUGGAAUUCUUGUUGUACAGAUUAUCGAAGGACGAGGAUUAAGAAUGCCAGAAAAGCAAAAAGCAUUCACUGAAGAGAUGUACUGUGUGUUGGAGGUAAACGAAACACACCGUGCAAGAACAGGUGUUUCCACAGCUGAGCAGAAGUUUCGAUGGCGUGAAACGUUUGAAAUUGAUGUGCAACAUGCUACUCAUACUAAUUUCUUCGUAUACUCUUGGCAUCCGCAAUAUAGGCAUAAAUUGUGUCAUAAGGGGUCGCUGAAGCUACUGGAAGCAUUUGUAGUGGAUCGUUUGAAUGGAAAUAGGAUGUUUGCACUGAAUUUGGAACCUAAAGGUCAGCUAAUUGUCAAAAUUGCGUUUCAUAGUGUUGCUGCAGCAUUCCGAAGGAUCGUUAAUUGCAGGUAUGAUGGAUUAUUUGGAAUACCCUUGCAACGACUGGUUGCAAGGGAAGGACGAGAGACACCCCUGAUACUUUCCCGCCUUCUGCAGGAAAUUGAACAUCGUGGUAUCGAUUACUCCGGUCUUUAUAUACUAUGUGGCUCAUUGGAGAAGAAGCGUAUGUUACGUGAAGAGCUGGAAUUAAACGUGGAACGAGCACGAUUGAAUGUGGAAGCAGUUCCAGAUACUAAUGUAUUGGCAUGUUUGGUAAAGGAUUUUUUGCGUGAAUUACCAGAACCCCUGAUAUCCACUUCAAUUUACAGCAUGAUUGUAGAAGCAUUCUCCGUUGCACUGCCCAACGAUCCACAGGGAAAUCGCCGUUUGCUGCUUAGAGUUAUCGACUGCUUACCUGCACCAAAUAAGAAUACACUGAUACAAAUAAUGGAUCAUCUAAAAUUAGUAAUGAGUUCGGAGCAACACAACGGUAUUACCGCCGCACGUUUGACGGGUAUAUUCGGUUGUUUGCUUUUUUGUUCCUGUAAUGCACCAACGGAGAGUGGUAGUACUCAGGCUGGCAGCAGUAUUUAUCCACCAAAGAUGGUCGUCAAUCCGUUGGACACGGAUCAGGCAGCUCGAACACUUCGCUUGCUGGUCGACAUAUGGCCAAGCCGAGUUAAUGGCAGCGACAGUAGCAGUUCCGGUUCUACCAGCAAUAGUACGGAUGUGACAAACACCAUAAAUCCGGUAUCAGAAUCUCAGUGUUGA